AUGACGCAACCCACGGGGCGAGGGAAGAUGGCAGCGCGGUUGAGGGGUUUAGUUUGGGCCAGCCGGCCGCUGCUGCCGGUGGUCCAAACUUGGGACCUCCACGCGCGGCGCUGGGUCCGGGCGCUGCGGCGGAGCCCCGUGAGAGUGGUGUCUCCAUCCGGACAGGGGGUGGAACGUAAACCCGGUCCUGGGAAGCAGCCCCGUAGAGCGGCGGCUGAGACCGGUCCCCACGAGCCGCGACGGAAGCCGUCGCUUCAGGUGCCUCCAUCCCAGAAGCCCUGCACCUGGGAAGAUUCGGGGCUUCGCUAUGAUAAGGCUUUACCCGGAGACAGAAGGCUGAGCAGUGUAAUGACAAUUGUUAAGUCCAGGCCAUUUCGGGAAAAGCACGGGAAGAUCCUGCUGGAAGGUCGCAGGCUGAUUGCAGAUGCUCUCAAGGCUGGUGCUGUACCGAAAAUUUUCUUCUUUAGCCGUCUGGAAUACCUAAAGGAGCUGCCCAUUGAUAAGCUGAAAGGUGUCAGCCUCAUUAAGGUGAAAUUUGAAGAUAUCAAGGAUUGGUCCGACCUAGUAACACCACAAGGAAUAAUGGGGAUCUUUGCCAAACCUGACCAUGUUAAGAUGACAUACCCAGAGACUCAACUUCGCCAUUUGCUGCCCUUAUUGUUGAUUUGUGACAAUCUCCGUGACCCUGGGAACCUGGGGACGAUUCUGAGAUCUGCUGCUGGGGCAGGCUGCAGCAAAGUAUUACUCACCAAAGGCUGCGUGGAUGCCUGGGAACCCAAAGUGCUACGGGCAGCGAUGGGUGCGCAUUUCCAGGUGCCCAUCAUCAAUAAUCUGGACUGGGAAACGUUGCCCAACUACCUGCCCACCGACACCCGGGUCUAUGUGGCUGACAACUGUGGCCUUUAUGCCCAGGCGCACAUGUCUAAUAAAGCCAGUGAUUACGGCUGGGUAUGUGACCAACAACUCUUGAAGUUACACAAGUAUGAGGAGGAGGAGGAGGAUCUAGAACCUGGAGCCAGUAAAGCCUGGCUUCCUGAAGUUGAGGUCCAGAGUUAUGACUUGGACUGGACAGAGGCACCAGCAGCUGUGGUAAUAGGCGGGGAGACCCAUGGUGUGAGCCUGGAGUCCCUGCAGUUGGCCGAGAGCACUGGGGGCAAGAGGCUGCUGAUUCCCGUUGUGCCUGGUGUGGACAGCCUAAACUCGGCUAUGGCUGCAAGCAUCCUGCUUUUUGAAGGGAAAAGACAACUGCGGGUCAGGGCGGAACACGUGAGCAGGGACAGGAGUUACCACUGA